CUUGUCCUAUUACUUCCAUCGUGCUCACCACGAGAGACAGCGAGCAGCGAGUGAACAUGUCGGAUCCCUGUGCCUCCUCUUCAACUUCGUCAAAUCCGGGCGUCUCAAAGAUCGUGGACCCAGACACAGGCGUCGAGCUGUACCGGCACACUGAUUUGUGGUUCGACGAUGGCAGCGUUGUCUGUCGCGCAGAGGACACGCUGUUCCGAGUGCACAUGUCGCAGCUCGCUCGCCACUCAGUAUGCUUCCGGGAUAUGUUCUCACUGGCGUCGUCGACUCGACAUCCACAGCCCGGGAGCCUCGACGAGAUAGAGGGAUGCCCAGUCGUCUUUCUGCAUGACAAGGCCGAGGACCUGGCUAACCUUCUCGUCGCACUGUACGACGGCCCGAACUUUGGCGAUAACGGACAGGAUGACUUUCAAAGAGUAUCAGGCAUCCUACGACUUUCGACAAAGUAUAUUAUCGAUUCCCUGCGGGAGAAGGCGCUGGCGCAUCUGAGGAUCGCCUGGCCUUCGACUUUGAAAGGCUGGGAUUGCCGUGAAGACCUGGCGCGGUUGUAUGAAAUGCAGACAUCAAAUGGCUCCCAUCUUUAUCCUUCACCAAUUGCUAUAAUAAACCUCGCACGCGAAGUAGAUGCUCCUUCCCUCCUCCCUCCGGCCUUCUACGACCUCUGUCGGUAUCCUUUUUGCCAAAUCUUUGAAACCUCCCCUAGUUCUUCUCAUCCGUCGACCCUCUCUCUCUCCGACACCCAGCGUCUCUGUCUCGGCAAGGAGAUCGCCCAGAACACUAUCACCACCCUUAUCCAAGCCAUGGGUACGAGCCAGUACAUUCGCACUCACAUUCGCAAGCCCUCCUCUGUCUGCGUUUCUGCUGCAGCAUGCCGUAAGGACUUCUCCGAACUCGUCGACCUCGCAACGCAGCAUUACCUCUUUGAUCGGGAGCGCGGCUUCUGUGACCCGUUGUAUGUCGCCGAAGAACUGGGGCAGCUGAAGAGCGCCGAGUUCUCCGAAUGCAAGCCAUGUGCAAGGUCACUGGAAGCGUGGGCAGCGAGAGAGAGGCAGAAGAUGUGGAAGAUGAUCCCCUUGUGGUUUCGCUUGCAGGAAUUUAAUCCGUCACCGGCUAUGUCUCCCAAUCAUGAUUGAGUUCAUUGCUAUGCUCUCUGUGUAAUAAUAUGUACUGACUAUCUAUACCUGUAUUUGCAUACCACUAAUAUGGGUGUAUCUGACUAAUCGUAUACUUCCAACUUUUACAUGAUAGG